GACUCAGGAACGUUCUGUUCUCUUUCACUCUGAUCGCGUUGGGCGGUCUCCUCUUUGGGUACAUGAUCGGCAUCAACAGCAACGUUGUGACAAAGGGGCAGCUCAUCUGCCCUGAUGACUGGACUGGCGACGUCGGGUCAUGGACCUCAUGGGGCUACGGCCAGUGCUACCAAAUCAGCGAUUGGGGCCAGGGCAUCCUGAGCUCGAUGAACCUCAUAGGUGCGACGCUGUCCUCUCUGAUCUGCUUCAGUUAUGCAGACGAUCUCGGGAGGAAACGCGAAGUGCAGAUCGGGGCGUUCCUUUACCUGACUGGCUCGCUCGGUGCUGCGCUGUCCCCGGUCCUCUGCGGCAUCUACGCGGGCCUCCUUGUCUACGGCCUCGGCAUCGGCUUCGCGAUGCACGCGGCCCCAGUGUAUAUCGCGGAGAUCUCGCCCGCGGAGGUGCGCGGCACCCUCGUGUCGGCUAAGGAGGCCGUCAUCGUUCUCGGCAUCUUCGGGGGCUUUGCGUCUGGCGCCGUGUUCUCCUCGAUGCCCCAGGACGGCUGGCGUCUCAUGGUGGGGCUCGCCGGCGCCCUCGCGCUGGUGAUGGAGUGCGGCAUCGUCUUCGUGCCCAAUUCGCCCCGCUGGCUGCUGCUGCAGAGCGUCCGCCGCGCCGCGCUGCUGGGCAGCGACAGCCGCUGCGAGGAGGAGGCGCGCGCCGGGCUGAGGUUCUUCCGCAGGGGCGCGCCGGCAGAGGAGGUGGAGACCGAGCUGCAGGCCAUUCGCGACGACGCCGCCGCCUCGCUGGGACAGGGGCAGGCUGGCUGCUGCCAGGCGUUCCGGUACCCGAAGCCCCUCAGGAUCGGCUGGGGGCUCGUGCUGCUGCAGCAGGUGACCGGUCAGCCGGACCUGAUGACACUCCACUUGGUGCCGCGCGGCACGGUGGCGGACUUCGCGACCAACAUCUUCAAGGGCGCCGGUUUCAAGUCUACCGCUGCCCUGUCCUCGGUGGGCGUGGGUUUUGUGAAGCUCGUCGCCACCCUCUUCACUGUUUUCCGGGUCGACCGGCGCGUGCUCUUGCUGUCUGGCAUCGCCAUGAUGGCGGUGGCUCUGCUGGUGCUUGGCACCGCGUUCCUGUUCAGGGAGUGCGCCGAGCCGGUCUCGCGAGUGGCGGACUGCGAGCAGGACGAUGUGCGUCUUCCGCAGGGCUGGGCCAUUUGCACGGUGGCGGCAUUGAUGCUGUACGUCAGCGGGUACCAGGUCGGCUUCGGACCCAUCUCGUGGCUGAUGAUCUCAGAGAUCUUCCCCCUCAACGUCAGGGGCGCAGCGCUCUCCACGGCCGCCGUGGUGAACUUCUCGAGCAACAUCACGAUGACGCUUUGUCAGACCGCGCUCAUGAGCGCGUUGACGCCAGCGGGGCUGUUCUACGCAUACCUUGCGCUCACGGUGUUCAGUUUCGGAUUCGUCAAAGUCGUGGUGCCAGAGACCAAGGGCCAGACUCUUGAGGAGAUCGAGGUGUUGAUGACCGGCAAGCGGCGAAACGCACCAUCAGUGUGA